GGAAAGGCCACACUCCGUUUUUCUGCGUCUGUUUGCGGGAAGCAGCGAGUUAACCUCUGUACGAUGACUGGUCAUGCUGUACUGCCUAUGCACGCCUGCUGAAUAGCUAGCUAGACUAGGUUUAUUACGUGCUAAUAACCAUUGCUGUUCGAUAAUGGUGCGGAUAGGGCUGCAAUCCUCUCCAACCCUUUGGUUACGUACACAAUUGCCAGAAGCGCGGGAGCCGACUCGGAAGCAUUGCUUUGAUGCGCGUAAGGCAAAACAUAAGCAAAGCAGCAACAUCUAAAUAUAGAGCUAUGGCGCAUUGAUGUCCAAAGUCCGCAUGACUCCAGCACGCGCCAACUUGACGGUUCCCGGUCGGAAGAGUUCUGAGCCAGUACUAUCCUUGCGCUGAAGCUGUUGCUAUACUUGUGCCUACAAUUUUAAAAAAGCGUGAGCUCACUUGGCCGGACUUGACGGAAGGGCUUCAGGCGUAUGCAGUCGUGUCGUUAGCCAUGGCGCCGAAGAAACAGCCCCAGCCUCCCGCUGCCAAAGCGCAGCGGGCGCCUGCAAAUGAUGGCUACGAGUUCUCGGGAAAUGAUGAACGCUCAGAGCUGAUGCAGCUCGCGAACAAGCUGAAGUCGCCAAACAAGGGAAAGGAUGCGCUCGUUAAGCUGUUGAAGCAAUUGCGGACUGCGCUGGAGGCGCUGCCGCAGGACGUAGAAGCGCUGGGUGCCGCGAAGGAAAUCCUUCCACAACAGCUGUACCAGCACGCAACGCACGAGCGGGCAGACAAGGAUGUACGGCUGUACAGCGCGGCCUGCCUGGUGCACCUCAUGCGGGUCUUCGCGCCGGACAUUCCCUACGACGACGAGGAGCUUAAGGUUUUGUUCGGAGUGCUGCUGGACUGCUGGUCCCGGCUGGCGGAUACGGAUGCGGCCACCUUCGACCUGUGCUGCACCACACUGCAGGUCUUUGCGGAUGUCAAGUUCUACGUGCCGCUGUUGGACCUGGGCGACCCGCAGCUGCUCACACGCACCUUCGCCACCCUGCUGCAGGCGGCAAGGCCUGAGAGCCUGGAGGCGCUCCAGCGCCCCGUGCUGGAGGUGCUGGGUGGCAUGCUGGAGGAGGAGGGG